AACACUUUCAUAACUGUUCUGAGGGGAGGAAUUUCUGCUCUCUAUUCCCAGGCACCGAGACAGGCAAAACUGUUCUGUGCUGCUGUGGAUGUGAAGUCCUCGCCGUGCUGCCUCUGCUUCUUUCUCCCCCAGAAACUCUCAGGGCCCUGAAUUUGCAUCCCCUCAAAAACAAACAAAAAUAAAAAUCUCUGGUUGGAUGUGGAUGGAAGAUGGAGCAGGGGAUGAAUAGCAGGAGGGAAGAAAGAGUGAAGUUGGUUCUUUUUCUGGCACAUGGAUGCAAUUACCCUCAGUGCAUUCCAGAGGCGGUCCUUUGAAUCCUCUGCAGGUCUGCCUGCCGUCCUUGGGAGAGAGGAAGAAAAAAGGGAGGAAAAUUCCUUCUUGCUGGGAGACGGAAUGUCUGCAUUUCCAAUCCUCUUUUUAGCCUCCUGUUCCGUUUGGCUGUGCGAGGCUCAGACCGAGUUCAAGAGGGUGGCCGAGGACAACGUGACCCUGCCCUGCCACCACCGCCUGGGGCUGCUGGAGCAGGGCAGCCUGGACAUCGAGUGGCUGCUGCACAUCUCCGAGACCGUGCAGAAAGCGGUGAUCACCUACUCUGGAGGCCGUGUUUAUGAUGACCUGAACGAGGAGCAGAAGGGCCGAGUCUCCUUCACCUCCAACUUCCUCGCUGGAGAUGCAUCCUUGCAGAUCAUCUCGCUGCAGUCCAGCGAUGCAGGGAAGUACAUCUGCAAGGUCAAGAACGCCGGGCAGUACGAGUGGGCUCACAUCACCCUCAAGGUUGUGGAGAAACCCUCCAAGCCCAAGUGCUGGCUGGAGGGGGAGAUGCUGGAAGGGAAGGAGCUGUCCCUGCAGUGCCGCUCCGCCUCGGGCACGGCCCCCAUCUCCUACCGCUGGCAGCGCAUCAGCGAGGAGGACGAGAGAGCCGAGCCCCUCCCGCCCAGCUCCAGAGUCAACAUCUCGAACCCCGGGCAGGUGCUGCUGAAGAACCUCACCGGGCUGAGCACGGGGCUGUACCGCUGCCUGGCCACCAACGAGGCGGGCCAGGAGAGCUGCGAGCUGCGGGUGAUGGUGCAGCACGCACAGAACAUCAGCAUGAUCGCCGGGGCAGUGUGUGGAGUGGUGGUGGGGCUCUCCCUCCUGCUCCUGGUGGUGAGGUUGACCAUCAGGAGGAAAGAGAAGAAGAGAUACGAGGAAGAGGAGGCACCGAAUGAAAUCAGGGAAGAUGCCGAGGCACCCAAGGCGCACCUGGUCAAACCCAGCUCCUCCUCCUCCGGCUCCCGCAGCUCCCGCUCGGGCUCUUCCUCCACCAGAUCCACCGCCAACAGUGCCUCCCGCAGCCAGCGGACUUUGUCCACCGAGGCCACCCCGCACCUGACCCCUCCGCAGUGCGGCCAGCGGCCGGCGGAGAGGAGGGAGCCGGAGCUGCGGAGGGGGGACUGCGGCCAGGUGAAGGUGGCAGCGAUGGUGGCAGCGCAGAGCCGAGCCUUCCAAACCGUGUGAGCCGGCCCGGUGCAUCCUCCAGCCCGG